CCCGGGGGUGGGGGGGUUGGUGCUCUUUCGGUUGAACCUUCGGAUUCCUCCAGCUUUUCCGGCCCCUCGUCGUCGCACACGUACGAGAAGACUGGCUUCCCAUCAAUAUCACAGCCACGCGUUUCGUGGAAGGGGGACCCCCUCCUCUCUUCCGAGGGGGAAAAACAGAGAGUUUCUUCCCCCUCCCCCUCUGUGAGCGGACUGUAACCGGCGCUAGGUGGUGGUGGAGCAGCAAAAGGAGAACUUCGGGCAGAUCUGCCGUGUGGAAAAAGAUCGGCUUUCCUUGCAAAACUUUUUUUAAAAGCUGCCUUUUCCCUCGCCUUCCGCCGGUCGCAGUUUGUGCUCCACGAUGUAAAAAAGAAGCGCAGCUACGGCACCUUUCUAUCGAGACGCGGCCCGUUCCGCCCUUCAGGAUACCCAGAUUGUGAGAAGGAGCUCCCAUUUCCUCCAGUCGUGAUGCUAAUCCGAAAAGUCUUGCUCUUCCUUCAGUGCUGCUGGCCUUCUUUGCUGCUUCACUGGAUGCUCCAUCCUAUGUGGGGCUUCAUUCAGAUUACUCAGGGCGAACUCCAGAAGUCAUGCGCUAAGCCUCUAGUAGAGAAAGCUACAGAUAAUUGCCAUAUCUGCCAAUGCAGACCACCUCCAUUACCGCCACCGGCACCUCCACCGCCACCACCAAGGUUGCUCGGGGCUUCAUCUCCCACCAUUCCUAUUUGCCCUGCUGCAGUGCCCUGGCCAAGUCCAGCUAUAAUCAUUGCCGCAUGCUGUGCCAUACCGGUAUUCCUCUUUCUAGUUUUCAUCAUUUGCUACAAAGCCAUAAAAAGGAAACCUAUGAGAACAGAAGAGAAUGGAACAAGUCAAGCUGAAUAUGCAAUGACAUUGUCAAACAGCAAGACAGUUGAUGCUAACAAUGCAGUGGCGUAAUUUCCGAAACCACCUCUUGAAUAGUAAACAUUAAAAGCACACAUGGAAUAUGCAAGGUGGAAUAUGAAAUGCAGCAUCAAGAGAAGACUUAUGGCCGAGGACUUCAUUUCAGAAAUAGCGCACGCUUCAGAUAUUCUGAGAAGAAAAGCAGGUGACUCCUCUUUGGCUUGCUGAGUGUCACGAAAAGUGGGAUUAUACCGGGGGCUACUCUGAAAAAGGGAUUCACAGAGGCCUACUCACUGCAUGCUUGUUCUUUUGAAAGCAACAUUGCAGUGCCCCUUCUUCUUUCCUCAUCUUUGAUGACUGUUUAUUUUUUGAAAAUGCUUCAGCGAUCCUUUGAUAAUUAAGAGAGUGAUCUAUUCAAGAUGGUAAAAUACCAUAAUUGGCUUGCAGAUUCAAGCUUUGCAUUUUUCUGUUUCUCUACAGUCAUUUUAAGACCCACCCUUUAUGAUGAUCAUAUUGUUAAAGUGGAAAAUCUCCAUUCACUGAAAGGGAACAUCCCUCCCUGCCCAGAUGCAUGAUUUCAUGGAAUGUAUCCCCUCCUACACAAUCCGAUGACUAGAUAUAGGUGCCAUUCAGAAUGUCUUACAACAAUUAGCUUACUGAUGGAAAGAAAAAUGUUACCUAGGAUAACAUUUUUAAAGUGUUUUAAAUAUUGUUAAUCCAUAGACCAGAAACAUUUUGGGCCUUAGUGUUUUAAAAAAAAUCUAUAUUUCGGUAUAUCUAUUAUUAUUUGCAGUUUGCACAUGUAUAACCACCACACUAAUCUGUAGACAAGAUCUCUGGAAUGAUCUAAAAAUGUUUGACUCUGGAGGACAAGAAGCUGCAAUGGAAACAACUCCUUGAAGACUUUCCUAUUCCUUGAGUAGCUCCUCCAAAUGAGUGCUAAAUAAGAAUUUUCUGUUGUAGGGAAAAAAGCUGUGAUAGAUCAGUCCCCUUUUUAAUAAGGGGCUGCCAAUAGUGCCAAAUUUGCUCUGUUUUGUAUCACUUUGUGAUAAAGUACCACAAACAGUUUAAAAGCAUAAUCCAACUUUCCAUUGUCACAGUGUCUUGUUAGGCACAGUCACUUUAAUUUGUAAAAGAACGACUGAUGCUAUUACUUGUCCAUACCUUGUUUAAGAACUUAAAAUAUGGUUUCUGUCUUUCCUUUUAUAUGCCUUCAUUUGUCACAGCUGUACCAGCAAAACAAAACAAAAUGAGGUGUCACGAUCUGGCUUCUUGUCUUGCUGUCAAGCUUCAGUGAUAUUCUGUCUUUGUUGAUUCAAGCAGUCUAAAAGAAACUAGCAGUACUGUAGUCUAGAAUCAUGGUUUUGUGUCAGUCCUAAAUUGUAAGAAGCUGGUAUGCUGGCUGAAUGUAGCUAGGAUUGUCUCCAGUAGAAUUCCAGUGUAUUCCAACCUACAAUCAGUUUUUCAGAAGACCUCUUAAAAGUGAGGGAUGGGGAACAUCUCUGCAUUGAAUUCUGAUACUCCCUCACUUAGACAAAGUCACUGUAUAAUGCUGUCUCAGUUAAAUAUGAAAAAUGAUAGAUAGGUGAGUGAAUGAGUGUAUGCACGAGUGAGUGAGUGAGUGAAUGAAUGAAUGAAUGAAUGAAUGAAUGAUUUUAGAACCUUUGGCCACUCAACAGUAUACAAUAAUACUUAAAAUCAAUAUAGUUAGUGCUGUUGCAGCAACAAUAACUUGCCUCUUAAUAGCAAUAUAAAUACUUUGCAACCAUUUUAGUUAUGUCUGAGCUUGCAUCUGCAAGGCAGUAAGUUACAUAAAAUAAAUAACUUAUUCCUAGGAAUCUUAAAAAGCAGUGGUUGAUUUGUUCUUUAUAUCCCAGUAGAGGAUACAGUACAAAAAAAGCAUGUUCCCAAGAGUAAGGGUUGCCAGGGUGUCUCACUAGAAAAUUGGUUCCUUAUAAAUCUCAUUUCUAGGAUGGAUAAGGAAAAUUCAUUUAAACAGGACUUGGUGAAAAAAAUCCUAAACAUACCUGUUCGAUAUGAUAGUGAUCAAAAUAUCUUUAUUAUGAUUUCCUGGACCAGGAAAAAAUUAGUACCUUCGUUUUAGAAUACUUUAUAGUUGAUUUGUUAUUACUGUAAUAUUGCUAGAAGGCUGUCAUCAGUCACUGGAGACAUAGUCACUUCUGGCAAAGCAAAAUAGGUGAUAUCAACAUAUAAUAAAAAAAGGCACAUGUAUUUGUUAGCUUUGGGCAGGAAAGUCUUCAGUUUCCAAUGAGGCUGCCAAGUCAUUCAUAUAAAAUUGGAGUCAAGACACACCCUUCUCUAGCUCCACCCGUAGAAGGAAAUAUAUUAGUUAAAGUGCCAUUAGGUCUAUAUGUAAUCUGCAAAAAGGAUUUAGAAUAAUUGCCUUUGGUCAGUUAUGUUUCCCACAGUUGUCUCCUAGAAACAGAUGAAAUGAGAGGCACAUCAAUCAGAUAAAUAAUAAAUAAAUUGAAUUGAAAGCUGCUUUAAGCCAAUAAAAACUAUGAAAAGAUUACACAUCAAUCUGCACAAAUAUUUCUCAAUGGGAUGGUAUAAGACAUAUGUAGGACAACCUUCUCUGAAUUCAAUCUGCUCAGUCCCCAAGAUUUUAGGACCUGCCAGUUAUGUCUUUAACUCAUUUAAGAGAUACAUAGCAUAAAGUUUGCCUACUCAGGGCUGACUUAACGCAUGGGCCUGAUGUGCACUUGCCCAUGGGCCCCACGAGCAUAGGGGCCCCAUACUAUCUGUGUAUGUUAACCCUUCAUGCAUCUUUUAUCAUAUAAAUACCACAACAUAUUUAUUACAUUUUACUGCAUUUUAAUUAAUAUUAACAUGAAAAUAUAUGUUUAAUUUUAUCGACAUUUUUAUUCCUGUGAGUAGUUGUCAUAGGGGCCCCAGUCAGGGGCCAUUAGUGUUGUUAAGACAGCCCUCUGCCUACUGUUGAUAACAUGGGUAUUAUGGUGAAAUUUGUCCAUAGAUUUCCCUUUAUUGUUGAUAGGGAUUUUUCAAGCAAAUACAAUUAAUAAGGAGUAAUUUCCACCAUUUUGAAUUGAUUUUAAUACAUUCUGAAGGUAUAGGAUCUGUGGGACUUACCCUGCCUUAUCAAUUUCAUUUUUAUGGUCAAGAAGUGUGCCUGGGGAGGGGGGGAGGGAUUGGUAGUAAGAAGCACAGUGGACUCAAGGAAAUGAUUGUGGUUGUAAAUUGCAAAAAAAGUGGCUCUCUCAAGUUCCAGCAGAGAUUUUACAUAAGGGGUUUUCAGAAUACCUUCCUAUAGCUUUGGAAAUAAUAGAUUUGUUUGUCUUUACUCCUAGAAAUAUAUAUAAAAAAAACUUUUUCGAAGUGGCAUGGCUGGGGAAUCUUCUUACUGCCUGCUGUAGAGCUUUUGUAAAUGUUGCAAACUUGUUAUUUAGAAACCUACAUCUUACUUUCAUCCACUGUUUAUUAUUAUUUUUAAUAUGCCUGGGUUAUAUAAAAAGUUUACUUUACAUUGAGCCAGCACAAUAUUCAUAAAAAAAUAAAUAAGAUUAUCAUUAAAAAAAUAAUCUCAGAUAUCCAUUAUUGACAUGAGCAUCUUUUGCAUAACCAUAUAUUCAAGGGAAUCAAGGCCAUAAGUAUUUCAAGAUUCCGUCUUCCUACCUCUUGCAUCAAUCUUGGCUCCUGGAUUGAAUCUUGGUUUUGUUUUUGGUUCUUUCACUAUUAUUUUUCUUAGGAUUGUAGUCACUAUUUUUUCCUGGUCAAGAAUAUUCAUCAGUUUCUUUAAAUUUGCCUUGGCAAUUCAUGACCACAAUGCUCCUUCUUAGAAACUCUUUUUUUGCCAUUGUUGUUACAUGAGUCGUGGUUAUUAAGCAAAUCCAGCUUCCCCAUUGAUUUUGCUUGUUGGCAGCUGACUGAGAAGGCCACAAAUGUAGUCAUGUGACAUCCCCAAAUACAUGCUGCUUGCCAAGUUCCCAAAUUUUGUUCCUAUGACCACAGAGAUGCUGCAAAGAAAAUGCAAGGACUGGUUGUAAGUCAAUUUUUUUGCCACCAUUGUGAUUUCCAAUGGUUGCUAAACUAAUGGUCUUAAUUUGAGGACUACUUGUGCAAAUAGUCGGAUUUAUUAAUAUACAAAAAUAUAUAAAGUGAUAGGUUAUAUAUAAAGUAUACCUCUCAGUGCAGCACUAAAAUAUGUUUAAUUACCACAUAGUUUUAUGUAGAGAAACAUUAAAAAAUGUAAAAUAAAAUAAAAACGAACAAAAUACUAAAACAUUGGGUUUUAAAUUGUGCAGCUACUUAGAUAUUGGAAUGCUCAAUUAUUAGUGGUAAAAUUGAGACUAGAAUAGCAUGGACGGGUACCGUCUUUCAUUUCUGACCUUCAUAUUUGCUGAUUGAUUCAGCAUUUCUGUAGCUAUUUCGGUUACAUUUGUUAACAAGGCCCUCCAUUCUGUCAAGAAGGACUUUAUUAGAGUCCCCUGCUCGCUCACAGAAGUUCACCCGUUGUUUCUCUAACAGAUAAGAGAUCGGCAAGAAACCUGAUUUUUAUUCCUUCUAUUCAUCAGGAUGAGCAGGGUCACUAACAGAUUUUGAAGGCUUGUUCUCUUGCUCUCCAUUCACUACACUCACUUGGAGUUGACAGGCAUUUAAGAAGAGAAGUACGUAACCUUUAGCUGGUUUAUACUAUAGUUAAUCUUGCAAGAAAUUUUCCUUUCUUCAAGGACUGGUAUCAAACCAGACCCUAUUAAAUUGCAGGUAGAAUCAUGAGAAGUAGAAGUACAAAGGGAAAAAAACAGAUGCCAGAAAGCACUAAAGGAUCUGCACUUGGAUAGAAGUAUUUCUUUUAAAGACAGUAAGCCAGUAAUGGCUAACCUUUUUGUCCUCGCAUGCCAAAAUCACGUGCACAUGCAUGGCAGCGUGCACACGUGUGCCCACACCCACAAUACAAUGCACCCCACAUGCCCUGUGCAUGCACAUAUAACCCCCUUUGCUCCCACCCCUGUGCUUGUGCCUGACCCCCCUGCAACCCGUUUUGGUCUAGUGGGCCUCCCUGAAGCCUUCUAGGACCAAAAACGGGCUGCGGACACUACACACUGCCCCAUUUUGGGCCUAGUAGGCCUCCCUAAAGCCUCCUAGGACCAAAUAUGGGCUGGGGGUGUGGCAUACUCCCUGUGGCCAGUUUUGGGCCUAGCAGGCCUCCCUGAAGCUGCCUGAAAUAAAAAAUGGGGCUCCCCCACCUUCCAUGCAUGCACACGUGACCCCCCUGCUGCCAUGCACGUGGACAAGAACCCUCCCACAGGCAUGCACAUGUGACACCCCCCCCACGUACGUGUGUGCAUCUCCCGCAUGCAUGCAAAUGCGCGGUGGAGCUGAGCUGGUCAACGGCUUGUGUGCUGGCAGAGAGGGGUCCAUGUGGCACCUGUGGCACACGGGCCAUGGGUUCGCCAUCACGGGCAUAGGCAGUUCUUGCUAUGUUAAAGAUAAUAUUAGAGGAGUAAUAAACUUACUAGCCAGUUUGAUGCUCCUUCUUUCCUCCUAAUUAAUCUGUUGUGCGAAUUGCAUAACAGAAUCACUUUUAGAGGCUUCUCUGUAGCGUAGCUGUUAGCUAUUCUCCAGACCUCAAUAAAGCAGCCUUAGCCUGGACCUCCUCCACCUAUUUAUUAAAAUGGCCCUGAAAAAAAACCCCAUGAACAAAAUAGCAGCACCGUGAUUAUAACAGUUUUUAAAAAAUAUUGCAGAACAUGACUGCAGGCUACAAU